AUCACUCUCUCGACUCUUCCAGUCUCAUCUCUAGAGUCUACCCUCUUAAUCAUUCCCGCCUUUGCCGACUGCCGGUCUCAUCUCUCCCAGGCUCUCCGUCGUACUGGAGGAGCUAAACAAAAGCAGCAAAAUCAGUGCUCUCCUCACUCCCAGGGUCGCCCUCGCCGUCGAUCAGCUGUCCGCUUCAUCGUCUGGCCAUCUCUGCUUCGUCGAGUCGUCCCGCACCUUCUUGAGCCAUAGCAUUUCUUAGGCAGUUUCCAGACCGUGGCCACGAUAUAAUUUUGCCCUACAUUAAUUCAUAAAUGAACAAAAAGAGGACUUGGUUUCCAAUUAGUCAACGUCGUCGUAGAAGAGCCGAGCCGAGCCGUGCGCGUUUGAAUAUUCCUAUUUCUCACGAGAGCCUUUAUAACCAUUGUGUGUGGAGACUGCAGAGAGAGGUGGCAGAGCCUCUAAUUUACUUCUGCCAUAGCCAGGCCAGUUAAAGAACUCAAAUAUAAUGGAAGCUAAAAUGAGCGCCAGCAGUAGCAGAAGGUAUGCUGUUGUGAGCGGAGCAAACAGAGGAAUAGGACAUGAAAUAUGCAGACAGCUUGCGAAUGAAGGGGUGGUGGUAGUGGCCACUGCAAGGGAUGAGAAGAGAGGGAUGGAGGCUGUGGAGAAGCUCAAACAGUCAUUUGAUGAACAUCUUAUUGUGUUUCACCAACUUGAUGUUGCAGAUGGACUUAGCAUUUCCAGUCUUGUGGAUUUCGUCACAACCAAGUUCGGGAAACUGGAUAUCUUGGUAAACAAUGCUGGUGUACAUGGGCUCAUUAUUGAAGGAGAUGGUUUAAUUCUUAACGAGAUGAUAGAGGCAGAAUCCUCACGAAUCAUUUCUGCAAAUGAACAGGAGCUGGAAACAGAGUUGAAAAGUGAUGGUGCACUCAUUGAAACUUAUGAGUUGGUUGAACAGUGCAUUAAUAUAAACUACUCAGGGACCAAAAGAAUGGUUGAAGCAUUUCUACCUCUUCUCCAACUUUCCCAUUCCCCUAGAAUUGUCAACGUUUCAUCCACUCUGGGAAACCUAAAGCUACUAUCAAAUGAAAUGGCUAGAAAGGUAUUGAGCAAUGGGGAAAGCCUAACUGAGGAAAAGGUGGAUGAAGUGGUGAACGAAUUUCUCAAGGAUUACAAGGAAGGUCCAAUGAUAGCACAAGCCAAAGGUUGGCCAAGAUAUGCCUCGGCCUACAAAGUCUCCAAAGCAGCAGUGAAUGCUUACACAAGGAUUUUAGCCCAAAAAUAUCCCAAUUUUCGCAUCAAUUGUGUGUGCCCAGGCUAUGUCAAGACUGAUAUGACUCUUAAUGUUGGGCAGUUAACCCCCGAGGAGGGCGCUGAAAACAUUGUGAAGCUGGCUCUAUUGCCCGAUGAUGGACCGUCUGGCCUCUUCUUCUGCAAGAAAAAUGUUAUGGCUUUCUAGAGCUAAUGGAUGUAUUAGAAAUUACUAGUAAAUAAACUAUUAAUGUGUGUGGUAAAUUAGCUGUUAGCUGAUAACUUUAUGUAGUUUACAAUAUUCUACCUGUAUGAUGAUUAUAAGUAGAGCAUAGAGUCAUGAUUAUGAUAAAUGGACAGUACAUAACGAACUUCAA